AUGACGCAUCCCCAAGGUCACCAUCGGUACGACAUGUUUCGGAUAACAGGCGCUUUGGCGGGGCACCCCAAACACGACUUAGCAACAUACGACCGGCAGAGUGAGGCUGAAAGUGUUCACGACCGGAACACUGCCAUUGGCUGUACAGAACGAACAACUCGAGAUGGGGCGAGAUGGCUCUGGUGGUUGGAGCACGAAUUUACUGAUCGGAAGGCCCGUGAUUCGAACGCGACCUCUGCCUCUCGACUUCCCCUGUCUAGGCUUGGGCAACCUGACAGUAUCCCAGCCCUCGUGCAACCUUCGGGUGGCAUGGCAGCUAGGCACUGGAAGGUGUUACAGCUGAGAGAGUCAAUAAUGCACUCCGAGCCCUCUUUGUUUGAAAGGCAGACGUCUGUUCUAUGUCGCUCGUUUUUGGAGACUAGUAUCGUUAGUCCUGAACAGACAAACUGGGGCCGGUCCGCAGUGGAUGACCCUUACAGUGCAUCGGAAAUAAGAAGAUUGGUUGAGUGCCUUCUCCAGCUGGUCAACGAAUUCGACGGGCGGUUGUCCACGUCACCAAGGCUUGUUGACAGUAUCGAGAAAUUUAGCCGUGGCAGUCUGGACACUGAAGGUUCCCUGGAACAGAGCUAUAUGGAAGUUUUAUUCACAAUGUUUGAUCGGCAAAACUGGGGGCGUAUUGUGGUUAUGUUUGGGUUUUUACGUGUCGUUGUGAGACGAUUGAAGAAUGAACAAAAGUUACGAGAGGCUGAUUCUAUAGUACAGGCUACAGUGACCUUUUGCACCGAACGAUUACGACCUUGGAUUCUAGCACAUGGUGGCUGGAUGGGACUUUUGGAGUUUGCAAACUAUCGCUCCGAUGCAACUGUCGACGAUCUUUACUCCCUUUGGCCAGCGCUCGGAAAAUCUGAUUUAUUCAAGGCCAUCGGCGUUUUCGGUUUGGCCACCCUGCUUGGAACCUUAUUUAUGCGAAAGUGACCAGUGAUUGUGCGUACCGGUGACCAUUUAGAGGGCUUGUAUAAAUUACUUCCCGAUCACUACCCCCACCGUACACAAAUACUGUUGCCAAUAGGGGUUGUGGUUCCACUUUUCUCCCGGUUUGCUUGGAUUCCGUUUUACUAUGAUAAUUAUUUUUCUCCUUUCCUUUUUCCGUUUUCCGUUUGUACGAAAACCGCAGUGAAGCAAAAGCAAAUUAGUCCAAUCUCGUCCAAAAGACAU